CGAGCACGCUGUCUGACGUCACCGUGGGAGUGUUCCACCAUCGGGAGAAAUGAACGGUCAUCAACACAAUCCUCUCAGCGCCCAUGUAAGUUGAAGCCAGCAAAACACACAUUUUGCGCACCGUUCUAUGAAUGAAAUGUGUUUCCAUACGCUGUUAUCCGAUGUGCCCGAGGGCUCCGGUUGAUUAGCCUCGUUUAUCCAAUUGUCGCCGCCCGCCUGGCGAGGUGCCCUGUUCGCCUGUAGCUAACCAUGGCCGAAGUGAUGUUUCCUAGCUAGGGAGAGUCUAGCCAGGCUGCUAACUGACAGGCUGAGUGGCCAAGGCGGCGAGUAAGCGCCUGUUUUACCACCCAGGGUAGUCUGGACGGGCGAUGUUGCAGGUAGUUCACAUGUGAGCGAAAAAGCAAAUGAAUGCGUGUGCUUUUUAAAGGUUUAACUUCGGAGACAACACUCAGGGCCGGGAUUCAAUUACAUCACAACGGUCAGACUAGAACAUGUACAAUUAAAUUGAACUACUUUUAGUUGACUGAACCAUUUUUGUCCUCAGUUAAACUCCGGCUUAUGUUACCAAUACAAAGAGGGAGGUCGAAGCUAAUGCAGACUUGGUGUGUUUGGAGCCUUUCACACCUGCGAGGACAGGCGUCUUCUGCAUUUCUAUAAAACGGAGUUACAUAAUUCCAUAUGUGGAGAAGAGCUGAUAAUGUCUCAUUUUGUCUUUGUUAAUAAUGUGACAGUUGGUACUUUCUUGCAAGAUUCAAUUUUAGAUACAAGAGUUUGAUGGUCAAAUAGAUAAGAGGGGCUAUCUAUCACUAAACAGUGAUGGCACCUGUGGUUAUGUGAUGACUGUACAACAACCAACAUCCUGAUGCAGGAGUGUGUUUUAAGUUAUUUGAACAGGUAAAGCAGUCAUCUACUGGAUUGUCCUGGGAAGUGUGUGGUUCACAUUACAUGAUGGUCACCAUCUGAUAUUUAAAUCAGUGAUGUUGGCCGUUGAAGUGUAAUGUAAAAGAUUGUUUACGUAGUCUGUCCUCUGUUACCUAGUCUAAAAACAUACAUAAUGUGUAAAAACAUGCUCUAGCAUUUAUGUUAUCCACCUUGUUAUACAUCAAUUUGAAGAAAAAUAGAAAUACUCCAAAACUGCAGACAUAAUUUAAAGGUUAGACACAAUAAGUUAGACAGGUGUCAUGCUAAAUAUGCAGUAAACCUAACCUAAUACAUAACACCGUGACCCCGCCCCGCACAGCAGCACCGGUGUGCAGUGUAAAGUAAAACGAACACCUCCCGGUGCACCACGUUAGCUUGUACUGCUAGCUACCAGAGGGGCAGACAAGCCAUCAAAACGGGGUCAACGAUUCAUCAGGACUUCAUCUACCACAGCGGUCAGCACCACCCUCCAACUACACGAUUAACUACAUGGACGUUUUCAGCUCUUACGUGCUACAUUUGAAUGUUUUUAACGGCCAAGGCCUACGAAACGUUGGCUAGGGAGCUGCUAAUUUCAUCCUCUUCUUAUCUUUAGCUAACGUUAAACCGUUGGGCUCAAGACUAUUUUCAGUAACUUAUUAACGUUAACUCAAAAACAACGCCCCGGUGCUCGUGAACGAGAUUCAUUUGAUCACACCAUCUGCUUUUAAAUUGGUGAGCAUCCGGGUGGCACGUUACUACAGUUACCCUCCAUGUAAUGACACCAAUGCACCUGUAACCUCGGGAGUAAUUUAAUUAAAUAACCUGAGCUGCGUGGUGACAGUACGCGCCCUAACCUUAGCGUGUUUAAUGACAGCGCGUGUUUAACUAGCUGGAAAAACUAAAUGGUCUAAAGAAAGGGAAACUGUAUUGUUCCUACUGAUUUGGGUGGCGAUGAUCUCAUCGGAAUGCACGUAUGACCGUCUAUCCGCGUGUUUACUCGGAGAGAUAACGUCAUGAUGUAUUGUUGUUGAGUCAUCGCUGAAUCACUUUAUCUCAGUUGUGUGGUUCAUUUCCUGCACAUAAUCCCAUGGGGCUAUUCGGCACCAUUAAUUAACAUUACACAGUUAAUUAAGAUACAACGCCUCGGAGGCCUGUGCUGUACAAAGCUGAAUAUGAGUUCUUCUUCUGCUAUUUUAAACCACAGUCUUGGAUGAGCUUGUUGUAAAAAUGGCUGAACUAGUUUGUUUGUGUUGAGUAAUCACUUCUAUUCAAAUGAUAUUACCCUCAAAUGGCUGUUUCAUAAUAACAUGAUAAUAAUAAUGAUGAAAAUAAUACUUAUAUUAAUAAUAACAACAGUAAUAUCUGGGUUUUAUCCUCCAAUGUUCUACUUUGUACACCAGCUAAUGCUGCUGAAAUCUGCUGACAUGCUGGUUAUAUUUCCUCAAAAUAUCAAGGUGGCUGGAGGUUUUUGAGCCAGUUGUUUUCCACCGACUGCAACACUUCUCCUCUGAUCCAGGAGCUGGUUGGUUUAGAUGUUGCAUAAUUUAUAUAAACUUUUCAUUUUUUGUUUACUUGUCAGAUUUUGCACUGUGAAAGUUUUGUUGUCGUAACAGAAUAAUUGUUGUGUGGUGACUGUUAUCAGUCAAUCUCAGACUGCAUAUAAUCUAGUUCUGGUCUACAAUAUAUAUUGAAUCCUCUUGGUAUCAUGAAGCCAAACAAAAUCAUUGGUAACAAGUGGGAUGUGAGGAUUAUUAAAAUAGCAUCUUACGUGUAGAUCUGAUGGUGUAAAUAUCUGACAGUUCAAUCCAAACUUGUCAGUUCUUUCUAAUUAGUUUGAGGGGAACAAAUAACUGAGUAAUACUGAAGUGAAACCAUAUUCAUGGUGAUCACAGAUAGCUUAUAGAGCAUGUCAAUAGGCUACUCUGUCAUGCAGAAGAACGUCAUUAAUACAGCAAUUAUUGGAGACGGAUCAACCGGUAUACCGCCCAGCACUGCUUCAUAGAAAACCGUUUCUCACCUUGUCUUGCCUCUGUUUUUUUGUUUGUCUUUGCAGCAUGUGAUUUUUCUAAAUGUCCAUGGAAACAGCUGACUAAAGUUUGACAGCUAUCCCACCAGUUUUCCAUUUGUAAGAAUUACUCAGAGGAAGCAGUGCUGGAAAUUCACUUGGAUUAAACCAUUUCCUGUGUUAAUAGAUCCACAAAUCAUCUGCUGAUGACCACAUCUGAAGCCAAUCCCGAGUUGUGAGUCAGUAGAGGAGAAGCCGGGCGGAUGCUCUGAACCGUGUUCUGCAGCAGAUCCGAGGUGCUCCACCAAUGAAGCGUGGCACCAGCCUGCAGAGCCGCCGCAGCAAGGUGGGGGGCACCGGGGAGCCUCCCCAGAAAGGUAGCCCGCAGAUCCACCGGCGCAGCACCCAUGAAGCCCUGCUGCAGGCUGGACGCCCACGUUCGUCCUCGACCACAGAUACGCCCAGCAGCCCGGCUCUAGCUGACGUUCUGCUGACGUCUGGUUACCACUCAACUGAGGAGCCUGACAAGCUGGACCGCUAUGAUGGAUCAGGCCCUGCUGUGUCACCCAGUGCUCUCCCCUACGGUGCAGAUGGGUAUGAUGUAGUGGACAGUACCCCGGACCCCCAGCGAACUAAGCAGGCCAUUGCCCAACUACAACAGAAGAUCCUCAAACUCACGGAACAAAUCAAAAUUGAACAAACUGCACGCGAUGACAACGUGGCUGAAUACCUGAAACUCGCCAAUAAUGCGGACAAACAGCAGAGCGCUCGCAUCAAACAGGUGUUCGAGAAGAAGAACCAAAAGUCGGCUCAGACUAUCCAGCAACUGCAGAGGAAGCUGGAGCACUACCACCGGAAGCUUCGAGAGGUGGAGCACAACGGCAUCCCUCGCCAGUCCAAAGAUGUUUUCCGAGACAUGCACCAGGGGCUGAAAGAUGUUGGAGCCAAGGUGACGGGGGGCCUCUCCAGCUUCUCUCAUGCCACUCAUUCUGCAGCUGGAGCUGUGGUGUCCAAGCCGAGAGAAAUCGCCUCCCUCAUCCGCAACAAGUUUGGCAGUGCUGAUAACAUUGCAGCUUUGAAGGAUUCCUUGGAUGAAACCCAGGGAGACGAGGGUGUUGGCCCCGGAGGGACGAGGACCCUUGGGACCGGACAGUUGCAGUCCAGCCCAAAGUAUGGCAGUGACGAGGACUGUUCGAGCGCUACUUCCGGCUCUGCAGGAGCCAACAGCACGACCGGAGCCCCCGGAGGCCCCCCAAGCUCCAAGGGCAACACCCUCGAUCAUGGCCAAGCCUCAGGCUUUGAUGCCAUACUCCAUGAGAUCCAAGAGCUGCGGGAAAACCAAGGUCGACUGGAGGAGUCCUUUGAAAACCUAAAGGCCCACUACCAGCGCGACUACACGAUGAUCAUGGAGACCUUGCAAGAAGAACGAUACAGGUGUGAACGUUUAGAAGAACAACUCAAUGACUUGACAGAACUGCACCAAAAUGAAAUUCUGAACUUGAAACAGGAACUAGCCAGCAUGGAGGAGAAGAUCGCUUACCAGUCUUACGAAAGAGCGAGGGACAUUCAGGAGGCGCUGGAGGCGUGUCAGACGCGUAUCUCCAAGAUGGAGCUGCAGCAGCAGCAGCAGCAGGUGGUGCAGCUCGAGGGUUUGGAGAACGCCACAGCACGGACUCUCCUGGGAAAACUAAUCAAUGUGCUGCUGGCUGUCAUGGCCGUCCUUUUGGUGUUUGUGUCCACAGUGGCUAACUGUGUCGUCCCAUUAAUGAAAACACGCAGCCGCACGCUUUCUACGCUGCUCCUUGUAAUCCUCCUCGCCGUCCUCUGGAGGCACUGGGAUGCCAUUUCAGAGUAUCUGCAUCACUUUCUUCUGCACCCCAGAUGACCAGCUUGGAGAGGCUUAGUUAAAUAAUGACGGGACGGAGGAUUUGGGGCUGAUGUGUAAAGGGAGGACACUGACCCAUACAGGGAGUUGGAACUCAAUUGUCCUUCCUUUUCUGCCUCUUCAGCAGCUUCUCUGAACACUCGGCAGGGUUGCAUCAGAGGUUUGUCACUUUAUCUCUUCCUGAAAGGUGUUUUGAGAAGAACACAACAGAGAAUAAGGGGAGAAAAGGUUGGAUGUUUGGUAUUGACUUGCUAUCUUUGGUGCAGUUGGCACAAGCACAUACUGUUAAGGGUGAAUGGGCAUCGUAGUGAAGGAGGGGCUGAGAGAACUGCACACUUGAUUUCUCUCUUCUGAGUGAAUUUGUUUACAUGUGGAAAACGUUGCAUUGUUUUCCCACAGAAGAAAUUGUAAUUCAGAGUUUUAUUACUUUCAAGCUAAUUCAAGUGGUAUUGUUUUGAAGUCACCGCUAUUUUUAAUACAGCUAAUUGAUUUUAUUUACUUUUAACUGUAAUGAACUGACAGUGCUCUGCUGAUUUAGUUGUCCAUAUUCUCUUUUUUUGUACGUUCUCUCUCUUCUAGUCUUGCCACUCUGGUUUUUUCAGUCUGCUCUUUUUGUUCCCCUUUACUCAGUCUUUUAACAUGUCAGCCUCUGUGACCAACUCUUCCUCUUCCUGCUCACUACACUCUGAAGACUUGGGGUGCUUGCACAUCAGCUACUUUGCUCUGGAACUAGACUUGUCACUGGAAUCAAAUAGAAGUGGGUUCUUGACUUGUUUCGUAUGGAUGUGUGAAGUCAAUAACACUGGUUCUGCCUCAACCAGGAUAUUGCUCUGAAGAACUUUUAAGUUUGGAGUUGCAACCCCGCCCUCUGGGCCAACUGGCUCCUGCUGUCCUGGUGGCGUUUCCACUGCAGAAGAAUAAUUAAUGAACUGAAUUAACAUACUUGAAGAGCGAUUAAAGUGCUCAAAGACUCAGUGCUUCCGUACUGUUUCUCUUAGUGACAAUGAAAUAGUAAUACUUUUUAGUUGAUUUUUUUAUUUUUUAAAGACAAAUAAAUUUGCUGUUUUAAAAUGUGAAA